AUGCGAGACUUACAAAAAGUGAGACUUAACGGAGUUAAGGUUUACAACCUUACUCCCUCUUACGCAUUGCCUGACUGGGCUUCCCGCUCUGAGAAACGGAAAAGGUCAAAGAAAGCAUCACAAUGCUUUGAGCUUAUUCAAGAAUUAGAAAUGCCCGAUUCUGCAACCUAUAUUACAGCCUCUCCUGAUGGUCACUUCCUAUUUGUACUUGGAAGAUAUAAGCCUCGUGUCAGAUGCUACGAAUUAAGCAAUCUUUCUAUGAAAUUUGAUAGAUGUGUUGAUUAUUUGCCAUACAAGAUUGCAGUCCUCAGUGAUGAUUAUUCUAAGUUUGCCCUUUUGCAAGAGGAAAGAUGGAUCGAUGUGCAUGCGGCUGGCGGGCAUUUUUUUAAAUUCAGAGUUCCCAGGCCAGGCGUUGACAUUCAAUAUUGUUCUUCUAACUGCAAUUUAUUAAUAGCUGGCUCCAAAAACACUAUAUAUCGUCUUAAUUUGUUCGAAGGAAGAUUUGAGACAUCGCUAGAAUCGAAGUUUCUUCUUAAUUCAGCUCACGGAUUUACAAAAUGUGUCCAUUCUAAUUACCAUGAUUUGACUUUGGCGGGAUCAUCUCUCGGGCGUGUUGAUGGCUGGGACUUGAGGACAGGGGAGACCGUUUUUGGUCUAGAUCUUCGUACUAGCUCUCCCCGUCCGGAUGACAUUCCAUAUCCAAGUAGAGCUAUUCCAAAAGUAUCCGCACUGACAUACAAAGACCCUUUAAAUAUCUCAAUAGGAACCAGUGAAGGAAUGGUUUAUAUUUAUGAUUUGAGGCAGAAUAAACACCCAUGGCAUACAAGAGAUAGUGAAUAUCGUAAGCCCAUUAAAUCGAUAGCCUUCCAUGAAGAUAAAGUUUUAUGUACAGUGGCGAAUUGUGUUAAAAUUUGGAAUGUCUCUUCUGGCCAAAUAUUUGUUGGAUUCGACGCUGGGCCCGCGGAACUAAAUCAUCUUUAUCACUUCAACUCCACUGGCUUAAUUAUGCUCGCAUGUGAAACUCCCAAAAUUUCUUCAUUCUUUAUACCUCUCCUUGGUCAUGCUCCUUGGUGGUGCAGUCAUAUUGAUCGAAUGGUCGUCGAGUGUGAAUCUGACGUUACUUCUAUGUACGAUGGCUACAAAUUUCUUACCCGAGAGCAGCUUUCCGAACACGGGAUGACAGAUUUGAUUGGAAGCCAGUUUCUCAGGGCCUACAUGCACGGUUACUUCGUCUCAACUCGGCUAUUUAACAAAAUUCGAGAGCGCCUAAAUAUUAUUUCUGAGUCCAAGUUAGCUGAUGCGGCGUCUCGUAAGCCUCGACCUGUUGAAGUCAGUUCCAAACCCUCAGUCGCAACAGAGGAACUCGAAGAGCUUGCCCAUGAUGCUAGAUUUGAAAAGCUCAUGAAGAACAAAAAAUUCGCUUUUGAUCCUGCAAAUCAAGCCAAUGAUUUGAUGAAGAUUCACCAGAAACGACUUCAGAAGAAAAGGAAUCGCAAAGAAUUUCGAAAGGUCCGAGCGCAGAAGGCUGAAGAAUUGCUUGUAAAUAAACUGUUCUUUUUAUUUGGCUUCUCAAUUUCUCUUACUAUCGUAGGCUUUCUGCAUUUGCCUAACGCUUGUAUUGUUUAUUGUUUAGGGAAUAUGAACCGUGGCCGUCGUCGUGGAGGUAUGGGCCUCAGCGGCCUCAGGGAUGGAGUGAAAAGGCGCCUUUUUGAUCCAAAUAUUGUUCCUCACAAGCCUGAUGCCCGUGAGACGAUAGGAAGACUUGCGCCCAUUAUUUCAGCUCAACUCCGGCCCCGUAGUCUGCUUAUGGGAGCCAAGGAGCUGGCUGAACUCGAGGACGAACUUUCGCUAAUGAGUAGGAAAAGGGAUGCAGAUGAUGAAGCAGCUGUUCUGCACCAAACACACCUACUUCAUAUUUGUCCGCAGCAAUGUAAUAAUAUAAUAUGCUUUGUUAAUUACUCACCACAGCUUAAGCUUCACUCUCUUCUUGAGUAUGCGUUUGAGCACGCUCCGCAUUACCAUCGGGCGCCAGCUAGGAUUGAAGGUAUUCAAAUAGACCAUUCCCAGAAGGAUACAUCAUCAUCCGGACGCUUCAGGCGGAUGAAUUCUAUAUCCGCUAUCCACCUUCUGUUGAUGCAUGAAGAAAUCGACCUCUGGGCUGGUGGUGCACUUCUUAAAGGACUUCGCGAUCCUCUUGAAUGGUAUAGUUAG